GCGGCUGUAAGAAAUAAUUAAUAGAUGUCCACAUUGGUAAAAUGAGAUAUUCAGUCUUAGCUUGUGUCUGAAAAUUGAUUCCUGCAUGCCCUCUGCUUUGAGCCCUUCAAGAAUAUCCGAAUUAUUGAUUCUUGAUUUCUCUCGGAUGUGAAGUGCCACACCAAUCGGGAGGAAAGAAACGAAAAAAGGAAAAUAAAAAAUGGUUCUUGAUUCGAAACGCCCGUUGCACUGCCUUGCAGCGAUCCUCCUCUUGUUAGUUUCAGUCCAGACUUCACUAUCGGAUCCAAGAAUCGGAAACGGGAAUUCGAAAUCCGAAGUGUUUCUCUCUCCUAAAUUCGUGAUGGAGCCCGGAUCGGUUUCGAACAAAUACUACUACAACGUCGAUUUCCCCAAAGGCCACAUCGCCAUCAAGAGCUUCAACGCGGAAGUGGUCGACGAGAAAGGGAAUCCAAUCCCACUCCACGAAACGUAUCUCCACCAUUGGAUCGUUUUACGAUACCACCAACGGAAAGACACUGCAGAUAGUGGGGCCCACCAAGGCGAUCUCGGUUUCCUCCAAUCGGAUCACAUCGUAGUCAAGAACAGCGGCAUGUGCGAUGCGGGCCUCUCGCAGUACUUCGGGCUCGGAUCCGAGACCCGUAAAACGUCCACCGAUGUUCCGGACCCGUACGGCAUCGAGGUCGGCAAUCCUGCUGACGUGGCGGCUGACGGGUACGAAGAGCGGUGGAUGCUCAACGUGCACGCGAUCGACACCCGUGGGGCCGAGGACAAGAUGGGUUGUACCGAGUGCAGAUGCGACUUGUACAACAUGACCGUGGACGGUGGGAACUAUAAUGGGGGCUUGAGGUGCUGUCACGACGGGGCGAAAUGCCGUGUGGAAAAAGGGUUCGAGGGUGGUGUGGAGACGAGUCGGAGAAGCCUAUACUUGAGGUACACGGUGGAGUAUAUCGACUGGGAAGAGUCGAUCGUGCCCGUUCGAAUAUAUAUACUCGAUGUCACCGAUAUAUGGACGAAAGCCGACGAGUCAAGAGGGAUCGCAGCUAGACACCGUUGCCUGAUCGAGUACAACGUCGAAUCUUGUUCGGCCGGUGGGUCCCACGAUAGCUGCACGCACACGAAAACCCUCAGUGUUAGUUUACCGACAGGUGGCGACGUUAUCUACGGGGUUGGGCACCAGCACGCAGGAGGCUCCGGUACAGCUCUUUACGGAGAGGGAGGAAGAUUGAUAUGCUCGUCGAAUCCAACAUACGGGACUGGAAAAGAACCGGGAAACGAGGCCGGUUAUAUAGUCGGAAUGUCGACGUGUUACCCUUCGCCUGGUUCGGUCAAGAUUUCCGAUGGGGAGACGUUGACUUUGGUAUCUAAUUAUAGCAGCACACAGACACAUACGGGUGUAAUGGGCCUCUUUUAUCUCUUGGUUUCUGAUUCGUCGCCGGAACGAGAUAAUCUUGUCCAGAGUUAUCCAGCACAAGAAAAUCACAAGAGUAGCACGAAAUCCAAUUUCAACUGGGGUUUCGUUCUUUUUGGAGUUGGAUUGGUUUCUGUGGUCGUUUCUGCGCUGUCGAUUGCGGUCGUUUCUUUGUUAAGAGGUACGAGUGGAAGAAGAAAUGAAGGCUAUGAACCAAUAAUAGCGUGAGUUUUGUUUCUUUCGAUUUCGUAUAUUUUUCUGCAGAUUGUUUCAAGAUAAGUUUGUGUAUUUUCAUACCAGUGUUUUUAUGUUUAUUAUCUUCUUGUAUUGUAAAAAAAAAAAUUAAAAAUAAAUAAAUGAAAUAUCUACAUAUGUAUUGAAUUUUGUUGAUGUUUAAAUUA